AUGCCUGCAAACAAUGCAAAGAGAAGACGUUCAGAUGAUGUGGAUUUCAGCAGUAACCAUCCCACUGCGUCUGCUACUCCAUCUCUCCCGGCAAUCGGUGAGAAGAGGGAUGCAGACCCUUCAGGGGUGAGUUGGUGGCUGGCCGGAGCAGCCCCACCUAUUCGAUAUCUGUUCAAUGCUGACGGUUCUACAGCUGCUAGAGACUCUCCAACGCCAUAUAGACGACCUACGAAGCCAUAUUUACUGCGGCUGCAAUGGUUCAAAAGCCAGGGCCACUCAAAAACAUGUCCAGACUGCCGGGCACCAGUCAAAGCGACACCUGCUCCAGCAUAUCUGGUCCGCAACAUCGUCCACAUGUUUAUUGGCCGGUCCGAAUUGACAGAUGCGAAUGAAACCACACAGGAGCAUUUGGCCAACCAAGUAGCAGAGACUGAGAAAGUCGAAAGGGACAAGCAGAAUACUGACCCUAGGACUGGUGGUCUGUUCCAAGGAUGCUUCAACAACACUCCUAUUCCACUUUAUGACAACGCCGAAGGUGUCUCGCGGUGCCCAGGAUGUUUUUGGGAAUUGGAAGAUGGCGAAUGCACGCACUGCGGCUAUACAGUGAGCGACUCGGAUCAGGAUCAGGAUCUCGAUGAAUUCGAGGUUAUGGAACAACUCCGACUAAUGGGGGAUGCCUUUACGGAAGACGAGGAUGGGUCCGACUUUAUUGGACAUCGUCAUAAUCCCGGGUUCGAAUAUAAUUUUCUUCCUUAUGACAGUGGUCAUAUAACCGAUAUAACUGACAUGGAUGCCGACUCGGAGGAUGUAUACACGGAUGACAAUGACGACAUUACAGAUGCUGGUGACGCUGAGUCGAAUUUGUCAGAAGACGAGUCUCUAAGGUCAGAGUCGGAUUCCUCAGGGAGGUCAAAUUCAACAGCGCGUCGUGCUUCCAGUGAUCAUGGUAGUCAGACGAUUGAACCAGAGUCAACUCCAUCUGUUCAGGAGAUAUCAUCCAGUGCCCAAUCCGAGGCAGAGUCAGAAGAGGAACCAAUCAGACGGCCAGUACGCAGACGAGUCUCUCGUCCACGUCAAUCUCCCCAACAUAUAUCCACCGAUCAAGCGACCAGGAUGACAUUGCCCAUGAUUCUUCUUGCUAGCAUGCGGGGAACCGACCCCGAAAAUGCUGUCGUUAUCGACGAUUCCCCCCCUCCACGCCGAACUUCAAGGCGUCGUCGCCGCCACUAG